AUGACAGUCUCUCAACUUGAAGCCGCGAUUCAAUCAGCGCGCGAGCACCAAGAGGCACGAGAACGCGCCGAGGCUAUGCUCUCAAUCGUUGAGCUCGAGAAGGCUGAGUUCAUAGCCAACACACAGAAAACCAUCGAGAGCGCUAUAGAGGAAGCUUCAAAGCAAUUCGAGGAACAGGUCGCAUCUGUAUGCAAUCAGCGAGACAAUGCGAAGAAAGAUGCAGAAGCUGCAAGGACGGUCGCCAGAAACACGGAGCGCUUACUGCAAGAGUGGAUAGAGAAGGCUAAGGCAGAUAACGAGCAAAGGAUGCGGUUAGAAAAGUCGCUUUCUAGCCUCCAGGAUUCGCAACGGGAUCUCAUCAGAACCCUCGAAACAUCCCGUGUGGCCAAAGACGAAAAGAUCAAAGAACUUGAGGCUCAACUGGCGGAGGCUGUCAAGAAGGCCCAGCAACCAGCCGGCGUCGAAGUAACAGCACAGGCAGCCACCGUUCAGCAGAGUGCGCAAGGCAGUUACGAUGAGGCCGCAUUUGCGAACUUGGCCUUGAUCUCUGCGUCGGCUGAACUCAGACAGGCUCAUGGCGAAAUCGUGAAGGUACAUAAGAAGCUCGAGACGAGGACCAAGGAGAGGGAUGAUCUACAGAAGCAAGUUUGGGAGCACCAGCGUCGAUUGGUCAAGUAUAGCACAGAACUCGAAGGUUCGAAGAGGGAACUAUCGAACUUGACUGCUGAGUUUAACAGUAUGAAGAAGCGCGUGCAGUCGACGUCGACAUCGGCAGUAGAGCCGAUCUCCAUUGACUUGACAGACGAUAUGCCGUUAGUCGUUAGCGACCUACAACAAAUAUCCUCGAGCGCAAAGCGAUCCGCUCCAGGUCCUUCUGGUAGCGAUGCAUGCGUAGCUCCAAAUCGCAACGUGAACAACCGAAGUGCAGGUGAAUCCUCGGCGACUAAGCGACGCAGAACAGAGGACAGUAUUCGAAAUGAAAAGAGCAUGGAACCAUCUACGGAAACCCCGCCACUCUCAACGACGACGCAGCGGUUAUUCGCGCGCGUCAGUGGAACUCGCGCGUUAGCUCUGGAUUCAUCCAUUCUCGAGAGAUCGCCCACACCGUGGCGUCCUUUCAUGGGUUAUGUCUCUAAGGAGAUCCUGGUCGCACUCUAUGGGAUUGAACCUGGGAGGCCCAUUCGCUCAUUGGCAUUGGGCGUCUGUCAUCAUGCUUGUCGUAACGUCGAGAUAUGCUGCACGCAUCAAGCCCCAAGGGUUGCCAGUGGUCCAUCCCACGAGUCCUGUCGUCCUGCUUGGUACUUCCCAACAGACCUGCACUGGGGUCUGCCAAGCUCGCCAGGACAACCUGGCGUGUUCUUUUCGACACAUCCACCUCGUUCGAGGCGAACAUCUCGGUUCUUCUCUCUGUUUCGAGGAUCUCCGGGUAUACUGCCAACGCAUUGGUUGUAUCUCGGAGAGUAUACGGUCGCCCCGGACUUUGAUCUGCUUUCAGCGGGAGAAUGGAGGAGUCUUCCUAGCGACACACGAGAGAAUUGGGUCAACGCACUGAGUACACCAGCGUUGCCAUCUUCUUGUGUCGGUCACAACAGGCAAUGCUGGGAGAUGGUGGUCGCAAAAGUCAUUCAACGUAGGAAACAGGAGAACAUCGUCCUUGGUAUUACAGAAGAAGACGUGAGGAAGGCGCUUGACUCUGGUGAGGAACAACUAGUCGUAUUGAGGCUAGUCCCCGUGACAUUCAACAAGGACUGGUACAUGGAGCUUCAAGCGGCUGCAAGUGGUGAGCUCAAGAAGAAUCCUCGACAAGACAAGUUGUUCGUACCAGGAUGGAAAGCUACUUGGGAGGCCAAAGUCGAUAGAUCACGCCAGGGCCGUUCGAUCGAAUACCCGGACUUCACACUGCAAGAAGCGUACACGUGUACAUACAAACAGCGCUUGGCGGUCCCGCAUGACGAAUCUUGCGAGAGCAGCAGUGAAGAAAGCGGAUACGGUUCGCAAGAUCCGAAGUAA